AUGUCGCGCAAGAAGGCGGCUCGCAGCAAAGGCGGCGGUGCCGCGCCCUCCGCCGCGCUGCCUCCCGCCGCACAGGGCACCGGCCGCGCCGCCGGCGCCCCCCGGGGGAGCUCCGCCGCCUCCGCCGCCCCCGAGCUGCCCCGCAACGGCGGCGCGGCGGCGGCCGGGCGGCCCUCGCUGAGCAGCAGCGGGGAGUUCUACGACCUCGCCUUCAAGGUGAUGCUGGUGGGUGACUCGGGGGUCGGCAAGACCUGCCUGCUGGUGCGCUUCAAGGACGGCGCCUUCCUGGCCGGCAGCUUCAUUUCCACGGUGGGAAUCGACUUCAGGAACAAGGUGCUGACAGUGGAUGGGGUGAAGGUGAAGCUGCAGAUCUGGGACACGGCCGGGCAGGAGCGCUUCCGCAGCGUCACCCACGCCUACUACCGGGAUGCCCACGCCCUGCUCCUGCUCUACGAUGUCACCAACAAAGCAUCCUUUGACAACAUCCAGGCCUGGCUGACAGAGAUCCAUGAAUACGCACAGCAGGAUGUGGUCCUCAUGUUACUGGGAAACAAGGUGGAUUCAGCCCAGGACAGAGUGGUGAAAAGGGAAGAUGGAGAGAAACUUGCCAAGGAGUAUGGGGUGCCCUUCAUGGAGACCAGUGCCAAGAGCGGCCUCAAUGUGGAGUUAGCGUUCACAGCCAUCGCAAAGGAGCUGAAGCACAGGUCCAUGAAGCUGCCCAACGAGCCCAAAUUCAAGCUCCACGACUACGUGAAGAAGGAAGUGCGAGGCUCGGGCUGCUGCAGGUCCUAA